AUGAAGACGAUUAAAAAAUUGAUUACUGCUUUAGGAGCAGUAAUAUUUGGGUUUGGCCUCUCGAAGGUGGAAGCGAGAAUUCAAAUGAAGGCUUAUGGUAGUAUAGUUUCAACUGCCUAUUAUUAUUCUGAUAUUUUUGUUGGACUUCCAGAACCUCAGAGACAGAGUGUUAUUUUGGAUACAGGAAGUAAUCUUCUUGCUUUUAGUACUACUAAAUGCCAACAGUGUGGUACACACCUUGAUGCAUAUUAUGAUCCUUUUAAAAGUACAACAAGAAGAGAAGUCUCUUGCCAUUCUUAUUGUAAGGUUUGUGUGAACCAUGAGAGACAAUGUGCUUAUACUAUUCAUUAUUUGGAGGGAAGCAGUUUGUCAGGAAGUUACUUUGAAGAUUUUGUCGCAAUUAGAAAUGAAAAAGGAGAUACUUCUGAGCCAUCACCAUAUGUAGUUGGGUUGUCAACAAUAUUUGGUGGAAUUACUCAUGAAACUAAUCUAUUCUUUACACAAGCAGCUUCUGGUAUUCUUGGAUUGGCAUAUACUGCUAGUUCACAAGAAAGAGUACCGUUAUUUCAAACUUGGACAAAAAGAUCUAAAUAUGCUAAAGAUGCUAUUUUGUCUUUAUGCUUUAGCCCAGAAGGUGGUGUAAUUUCUUUAGGAGGUUAUAACUCUGAAUAUUGGGCUUUAGGAGGUAAUGAUAAAUCAUUUAGAUCUACUAAUGACAAUAAUUUUUUAAAAAGAAUGCUUGGAUAUUCAUUUUUAUCAAGUUCAAGCUCAAGCCAAUCACGUUCUAAUUCAAAGAAUACCAUGGAUUCUAAAAUUCAAUGGACUCCCUUAUCUAUUAUAAAUGGAAAUUACUAUGUUCAGCUUACUAAAGUUACUGUUCAUCAGACUAAGCUAACUUUACACAAGGAUUCGUCUUCAAGUAAUACAAAACCUGUUCCACUUGUUAUUGAUAGUGGUACAACUUUGACAUAUUUCCCCGAACAUAUAUUUAACCAGAUUUUAAAUAUAAUUAACCUGAGAAUAGCAGAAACUGAGAAUAGAUCAACUUACAGAAGUUUGGUUGAAGCUGGGUCAAAAUUAUUGGAAUAUACUGGUUUUAAAUCACAAUCUAAUGAUGAAUUAGAAUUGGAAAUUAAACCAAUCUCAAUUUUCCCUGGAGAGAUUCCUGGAGCUGCAUUACAUAGAAAGAGGAUUUACAGAAGGCUUGGUAAUAUUGAGGAUCUUACCAACACUUUUAAUUCAACUGUUCAUUCUGAGAAUUUAUUUGACAAUUUUUCAACUCAAAAUCAAUUAAAUGAAACGAUCUCUGAUUAUUUAAACCAUACUAAUAAUAAUACUAAUACUGAUACUAAUAAUUCUACUUCGACUUCUACUACUGCUACUAGUACAUUUUCUUUCCAAGAGUUUGACAUCGAUUCUUCACUGUCUAGAAUUAUGCUUGAAACAUCUAAAGGCGAAAGAUGUUGGAAGUUAAAAGAUUCAAAUGAAAUGUCACGUUUCCCAACAAUUACUUUAGGAUUCUCAGGUUUGAAUGUCGAUUGGGAGCCAGCUCAAUACCUUUACAAGAAAUACAGAAAUACUUAUUGUUUAGGAUUUGAUUCAGAUAAAACAUUCUUAGUACUUGGUGCAUCAUUCUUUAUUAACAAAGAUAUAAUCAUAGAUGUAAAGAAUUCAAGAGCAUCAUUUGUUAAGUCAAAUUGUCCACAAAUUGCACAUGCAAGGAGAACUUCUACAUCUGAGAUGUCACAAUUAUUAAAAGAUACAUCAUCAUCAUCCCCAGAAUCAAUCAUGAAAUCUGAGGUUGUAGUAUUUGAUUCCAAUUCAAGAAAUUUUAAUGUUAAUAGUAAUAGUAAUCAACAUCAUUCUAGUACUGAACUUAAUGGUAAAAACCCAAGUUUAAGUACUGGUCAAACUUCAACUAAAACAACAAAUUAUAGAUAUAGUGCUGACAAUCAAACUAUUUCAGAAUCGUAUUGGGAGCCAAAAAACUUGACUUUGCCAUCCUCACUCUCCUCGUAUUUAUCUCCAUCAGCUGCACAAUAUACUGGUGCUACCAAUCAUUCACUUGAUUACCAAAAUAACUACCAAGAAAAUCACAGUGAAUUAGAAAAUGGUACUGGUAAUAUGUUGGUAUUAUAUUUAAAGCAACAAUUAGUUGAUAAUACUGGUUCUCAAGAUUUGGACUCCAAUAAUAAUGAUAAUACAAAUCCAAAUAAUAAAGAUUCUUCAUCAAGAUAUAGUACCUCUCAGCCAACAAUAAUACAUUGGUUAAUUAUUUUAAUUACUGCUUUAGCUUCAUGUUACUUAUUUAAUGGUGUAGAUCAGAAAGAUAAGAAUGAGUAA